CCAUUCUGAAGGUGCGUCUGAAAUAUGGCUACUGACAAUCUCGGUUUAGUUCACUGUGCUUGUAUUUCUCUUUACAGAGCUGAUAUAUUGUGCUGAAUUAAAAGUCGAAACGAAAGUGUGUGAAAGUGAAGAUUUGAAAUUAUUUUUCCAAUCGAGUGAAGAUUUUGUGAGCUCACCUCCAGCUUUAUAGAUGAUGCUCUGCCAGGCGACAUCUCGACUGCUGCUUUCUGCAUCCCUACGAAAUUCCCACAGAUGGAGGCGGAUGCUGAAGCCAGUUGUCCUCGGCACCUCGCACCUCUCGCCGCCCGGUUGCUUGCUUUACCCGGUGCCGGGUGUCGCUGCACCUUCGCGGAGGAGCCUAACCUCGGGUCAGGUCGGCUGGUACGAGAGCAUGGCGGACUCGCAGCCGAUCCACCUUACGGAGGAUCUUCUGGUGUCCGUGCAGCAGGUCACAGGACUGCCCUGGUGGGCUGCCAUCGUCUGCACCACUGUGACCCUGCGAACAGCCAUCACUCUUCCUUUGGGCAUCUAUCAGAUUGUCAUCCUUGCCAAGGUUGAGGCCCUGCAAGCAGAGAUUGCGGAACUGGCUAAACGCCUGAGAUACGAGGUGUCGGUGCGGGCAAAAGAGAAAGGCUGGUCAGAAAAGACCUGUCGGUACCAGUUCAAGAAGAACUUGCGACGCAUCAUAUCUGAGCUGUACGUGAGGGACAACUGCCACCCGUUCAAGGCCAGCUUGCUGGUAUGGGUGCAGCUGCCGAUGUGGGUGUGCCUGUCUCUGGCCCUACGCAACCUCAGCACAGGGGGGCCAGUGGCAAACCCCUCAGCCUUCCAGGGAGAGCUGGCAGCAGGGGGCGCUCUCUGGUUCCCAGAUCUCACUCUGCCUGACUCUACCUGGGUGAUGCCCAUGUCCCUGGGCAUUGUGAAUCUACUCAUUGUAGAGAUGUUUUCUCUUAGGAAACUCAAUCCUUCUAAGCUUCAAAAGUUUGUGACCAACUUUAUCCGGGGAAUCUCUGUGGUGAUGAUUCCAAUCGCUGCCACAGUUCCAUCGUCCAUGGCCCUGUACUGGCUGAGCUCCAGCUGCGUGGGAUUGGGUCAUAACCUGCUGCUGCGCUCACCGCGAUUCCGCCGCCUCUGCCGGAUUCCCACCACCAGCUCAGACUCAGACACGCCCUAUAGAGACAUUGCUGCUGCCUUCAUUGCCAAAUACCUCAAGUAGAGUGACCUCCGACCAUCAGACUUCAACACCAGUCCACACUCACGAAGUCCACACUUCAAACUGCUGUGGAGCUUUUAGUUUAAAUCCCGAUCUGAGACUGCAUGAGGUCUCAGUGCUGCACUUGAUGAGACAACAUGGUCUGUAGGCCUCUGUUGCAUUCUGACAACUGUUUGACACCUCAAUCCACUUAUCGCCCAACCCCUCCGUACAGUGUGUCUGAGUCACAUGUCAUGAUCAUCACUAUUCUGCGGUUACACAAAACAAGAAAGAAGGGAAGCACCUUUGUGGCACUACCUGGAAGAGCUGCAGGAGAUCUCAUCUCUAGACCACAACAAACAGCUAUAUGCUCUCCCAGCUCCCCACCCAGUACUUUUAUUUGUAAAAAUAUGAAGCUGAACCAGGAAGGUUCCUGAGAAAUU